AAGAGAAAGUAUUGUAAGCGUUAUUUAAAAAAUGAAAAAGUACAGAAUUUUUUAAAUUAUUUCGAUUCUAAAUAAAGAUAGUACGAGUUACGUAAUGAAAGUGUUUAUAUCAAUUUUGUGUAUUCCAUCGAAAGGUUAAGAGUUAAUCUUUCAGAAAAAUGAGUGAUAUGUCCAAAAAAAUGAAAGAUUCAAGUGUCAAGAAUAAUGUGCAAAAUGAAUCGACAGAUCAGGUCUGUCAAAAACAGAGUGUCGAUAAAAAAGAGUCCACAUUGAAAAGUACAAACGAAGACGUACAGCGUGCGAUUGAAGGUUUAAAGGACAUACCGGAUGAAGAGCUGCAAGAAUUUCUUGACGAUGAAGAUUUCAUGGAAGGUCUGGACGUUGUUGAUGCAUGGGAAGGUGAUGAAGAAAAAAGCCGGGAAGUCGAUUUAAAAACUUCUCAUGGCAAGGAACAAGAACAGAAGCGUCCUUCUAGGGAUAGACACCGUCGUGACCGCAAAGGAUCUUACAAUCGUGAAAGACCAAAAAAAGAAGAGAAGAAACACGAAGAAGUACGUCGAGAUCCUUCUAAAAGUACAAAAGAUAUAGAGAGGGAUAAAAUACGUACAAAAAGAGAUAAUGAAAGUAAACUUUUAGCAGAAAAGGAAAAAGCUAUUAAGCAUUUGUUAGAUUCUGACAAUGUUGUACCACCGGGUACAGAGGCUGAAGCUAUUCAAAGUAUAGCAGAGAAACAGAAUUUAGAACAAGCGCAGAUGCAUAUCCGUAGAAGUCGAGAACGACGUAGAAGUUUAGAACGUCAAGGAGGAAAUUCGUUACGUCGUAGAACUCCCGAUAGAGUUAGAUUAAAUUCUCUGAACUCUCGACGAAAAUCUCCAUUAAUAUUAAGUCCAGAACGGUGCAGAAGUCCUUUCAAGAUGAGUAUCGAAAGACAUCGAAGUCCGUUAAGAUUUAGUCCAGAAAAAAGAAGAAGCCCAAGAUUUAAUUGUGUCCGCAGAAGUCCUUUUGCAUUCAGUCCAGAAAGACGAAGAAGUCCGAUUAGAAGUUGGGAACGAAGAACAAGUACAGAUAGAAGAUGGAGCGCUGAACGACAUAGAAGACGUACAAAUAUACACGAACGCCGAAGAAGUCGAUCACGAGAUCGGCAACGAAGUCGGAGUAUGGAACGCAUUAGAAGAAAAGCCAGCCGUUCACCGAUUAAUAGACGCUACAGUCCUCGACGUCGGAGUCGAACUCGGAGUAGGUCGAUAGAACGUCGCACAAGGAAAAGGUCACCUUUCAUUAAUGAACUUACAAGACAAUUAAGAAAUGAAGCUAUAGUAACAUCGCAUAUAAACACUGGAUAUGCACCUCCUCCACCGAUGGAGGGGAUACCACCAUUGAUGAAUACUGUUGUGUAUCAACAAGAAGCAGAAUCUAGACCACCAAUACCAAUGCCACCUUAUAUACACCAGUCUGGAUUACCACCGCCGAUGCCAUCAAACGUAACGACUCCUGGCGGGCCACCGCCAUUUAUGAAUUUUGAAAAUUCAUCUCAGUCGAUGAAUUUUGAUUCUGUACCGUUGCAUCCAUUACCUCAAACUGAAUAUGUUUCUGGCCCAGUAAUGUACAAUCAAUCGAAUACUAGUUCAAUUCAACCUGCACAUCGACCACCGCUUCUACCUGCGCCAAUUUCUUCGCCACAACCUGAACCUGCCACAGGGUCCAUGGAACAUGCACAAACAACGUACAGUUCAUCGCAUGGUAUUCCUUCUACUCAACAGUCGCCGAUUCAAAAUUUCGAGUUUACAAAUAAAUCUAAGGACAAAACAUCUCAAAACUACAGGGAACGUUUCAGAGAUUCCUAUAACGGAUAUCAUGCUUCCCAAGAAGAACGACUAAAGACACCUGAACCACCAGUCAUCUCUGAUACAAAACAGUUUGAAAAGACGAGUUUAUCCAGUCUGUUGGAAGCAUCUGUUUCCACAAAAGAUUCAGCUAAUUUACCAGUCUUAUAUCCAGGAUUCAAACCUGAAAUAUUACGCCACUGUGAACAUGCUCUGCGUGAACUUCCUACCGAAGAUCCCCGUUUAAAGAUGAAAGGACGAUUUUUUUACAAUCCAAAAAAGGAAAAAGUACAAAAUGAACAGGAUAUAUACUCGUCAAAUUCCAUACUUUUACAAAGAAGCAAAUGCAAGAUAUAUUGGGAGGAAGAAGAAGGACAGCAUCUUUCGCCGAUAAAACAUAAUGUACAAACGCAUCAAAAAAUCUGUCAAACCGACGAAGUAGAAACAAACACGAAAUUUGUUCAAGCGAGCGUUAUUAUGGUAGAUUUUGAAGUACAAGUUUAUCCUCAAGAUUUACAACACGUUACUAAGGAAGAGAAAAGACCUAUUAUGGAUCGUUUAGAUUGGAAUAUGCGUGAAACUUUUGAUUAUACGCCUAAAUUUCGAGAAGCCGAUGAUUUAAGGUGGAGUUUAAGCAAUUCUUCUCAAAAAAGAACUUGGAAUAGAACGGUAUCGCCUCCUAGACGAACCGAUGAUCGCGAACAUCGUGUAGAUUCCGUAUCUUCUUUAGAUCAUAAUUCGAGGAAUUUAAAAUUAGGAUCUCCUAUAAGAAAUAGAGAUAACUUUUCUAGCCACAAAGGAUCUUUACGGGAUCAUUAUGUUCAUGAGAGAUACUCGCCCAAUUACAGGCAUUCUCUCAACGAACGUGAUGAUUUCCAUGAAAGUAGAAGCGAUGUUAGUCGUGGUGAAAGUCCAAUGAUGUUAGACGAUUCUGCAGAAGAAAUUGAAUUAGAGCAAACAUUCCAAAGAGGAACAGAUUGGCAUGGAAGAGGAAAGUUAUCAAGAGGUAGAUCAAGCCCUUUGAUAAAACAACACGUGUACAGAGGAAAACAUUCGGGAGGAAGAUCCUACCGUGGCCGUGGAAGUUUCCGUGGAAAAUUCUAAAAUUACUUGUGUAAAGCACAAUUUACAAUACUGUAGAAUUAUAUAAUCAAAUAUAUCAAUAUAUCGACAAAUGUUAUCUAUUCUUACAACAGAACUGAAAAAAGUAUGCAAAUGCAUUGCUUUAUUUUAUUUGUAGAUUAAACUUCUGUCACAUUUAUUACAGUAUGCGUUUUAAAUACAGUUUCAACGAGCAUUAUAUAAUAAACAACAAAAUGUAGAUACAUGCAAUAAUUACGUUAUUUACGUAACGUUUGCAAAAUAAAUACUUCAUUCGACAAUACACGGUAGUGCAAAGAGAACUACUAUUUAUGGUAUCGCGCCGUACUACUAAUUGUGUACAAUUGUGCGAUAACUGAACAAAUUUCACAUAUAUGGUCUUUACGCGUAAC